AUGGCUGCCCCAAGAUUGCCAUUCCUAUGGCCUAUGCUGUUCCAGCCGGCGAAAUCGCCACGCGUGCGCGCUUCGAUAGCAAAGGAGAAUGCGUCACGCACGCGACGAGCACGUCGUCAUCUCACGACUUCAUCCCGCCGGCCGGAGCAGUCGAUCCCGCAGCGAUACGGAAAGGCAUAUGAACAUACAGCUCCAGCAUUAGAACAAGAGCCGCCGAAGGAACCUCAGCAAAAAGACCUAGCGACCACGGAGAAACCCCCACAAGACCCCGUUCACGAGCAAGAAGAAGUAGAGGAAGAUGCGCCAACAGCAACUACCAGUCCAUCCACGCCCAGCAAGACCAGCGCGACUGAGGAGAUUGAGCCGCUCAAGACUCCAGCGCCUGAUCCUCCAAAGACGGGCGAUCCAAAACCCCUCGAUAGCGUCCUCCACAUACCCACCGCUGCGGAAGAAGAGUCUCACAAGGCACCGCACUUGAAGACGCCACCAUAUGUCCACCAUUUUGACACCUAUGGUCUCGUCCGCAAACUCUCGCAAUCUUCAUACACCCCCGAACAAUCCAUUACCAUCAUGAAAGCUGUGCGACAAACGCUAUUGGAUAACAUGGCUUUGGCGCGCGAAGGCCUUGUUAGUAAGAGUAACGUGGAGAAUGACACGUAUCUUUUCCGCGCGGCAUGUAGUGAAUUGAAGACUGAGAUUGGAAAUGCGAGGAAAGGAGAGAUGGAGAGGAUGCGCACGGAGAGGGGGCAAUUGCAACACGAAGUCGAUAUCCUGGGGCAGAGGCUGGGACAGGAGACAGGUGGGCUGAGAGACGAGCUUAAGGGGCUUUUUGACGACAGGAAAAUGGCCGUUCGACAGGAACAGAGACACAUGGAAACAAAGAUCCAAGAACUCAACUACAAGAUCACAGUUGCCCUCAACUCUGAUGCGCGCUCUGAGGUCGAGGGUCUCCGAUGGGUGCUUACUCGCCGCGCGGCCAUUACAGUCGGUGUCAGUGCGUUUAUGCUCUUCGUUGCGCUACGCUAUACAAGUUAUGUGCAACACCAGCUGCAGGAGGAGAAGAGGAGGAAUCCACCGCCUCAUCGGCCCAGUCCGUUGGAGGAUUUGGCGGACCACACGUCCACAGCGAGCAGACCGGUUGUGGAUAUUGCGAGCCCGACUCAACAGGAUGCCCUUGGUGGUGAGCUUUUGGCUACCGAGGGCGUGUCAUUGGGUUGA